CCACCAUCUACCAGUCACAGAUCACUUUCCUCUAGUACUGCCAGAGUCCUGUCUGUGUGGGCAGCCAGCUACGUAACUAGCAAAGGCACAGAAUUUGCGGGCAAGUUCUCACGAACAGUCGCUCAGUUCAAGGCUCUUUCGCAAAGAUACGGGUUAAAGCCAUGUCGGACGCGGAUCCCAAAUCCACUCAGGACCUGACGGUCGUGGUCCAGACCUUACUGCAGCAGAUGCAGGACAAGUUCCAGACCAUGUCAGACCAGAUCAUCGGAAGGAUUGAUGAGAUGAGUACACGAAUUGAUGACCUGGAGAAGAACAUCUCUGACCUCAUGACUCAGGCAGGGGUGGAGGAGUUUGAGGGGGAGAACAAAGUCACUGACGCAUCAGGAACAGCUUGAUUAAGUUCUGGCAGUUCACCAAGUAACAUGGAAGACUUUCCAUUGGAGUGGCAGAGUUCUCUUAAUAUAAUGGCGUGUAUGUAUGUAUGUAUGUAUGUAUGUGUGUAUGUUUUUUUUUUUUUUCUUUUUUUAGGGGGAGGCAGUGUUUACCAUGUGUGUAAAUAGCGUUUGAUAUUGAAUAUAAUUUACUGCAACAAUUUUGUUUAAUGCUGCACUAAAAUGUUUUGACAAAAUCUUCUAGAAUGUAGGAUCACCAUGCCCCCUUUUUCUCAGACCUUUCCGGCUGCAUUGGGUUUUGCAUUUCCAGUCUGUUGUCUGGUCAUUCAAACCUAACUAAGCCACAGGACAGUAAAAAAAGUUAUGUUUGUUGUAAGAUCCGCAUGCAAGAGAUAGUGGAAGGUAAAAGAACGAUAGGCAGUGUAGUUUGGAGUGGCAUAGUUACCAACAGCCUUCUUUCACAGCAAUAAAUUAGUUUAUUCUAACGUUGCAGGCAGGAAAGCAUCCUCUUACUGGUCAAACGUCAAUAACUAUGCAAACAUCUGUUCAGAGUGAAUUCCUUUAGAAUGAGAAAUGUUGCCUUUGAUGUUUUUGUGAUUAGAAGUAGAACGAUUUUGAGUGGAUAACAUACCUGAGGGUAGUGACGGUCACACCUAAUCAUUCAAACCCGCUUGAGGAAAGUCACACAAAGGGUGAUGGUAUCAAGACUGUAUAUGCAGUGUGAACUCUCAGCUUGGUUGAAAGCAAAAAUACAUUUGAUUUCACUCCUGCAGUACAUAGUUACUUCAAGUUUGAUAUGUGUGGUUUUGUAGAGUUAUAAAAUAAUAAUUUCCAAGACUCUGAACCUGAAAUCGUCUUAAAAAGUGAAACCUCAUUAGGGUUGAGGCCAAAAAAGGGUUGUAAUGUGAAAAAAAAAGAUAAUUGUCUCAUGAGUGCUUUUCACUAGUGUUACACAAAAAAUCUCAGUUUUAAACCUUUAAUGCUGUUUCCACAAAGACUCAGUUAGAGUCAAGAGUAAGACAUUGUUGUAUUAGUGUUAUUUUAUCCAGAAGCUAAAGAGGUGCAAGUCAUUAUGACUAGACCAAGCUGAACUCAGCACUGCUGUGUCUGAUCCACUCGUACCAGCGCAACACACCAUCACAUCAGUGUUACUGCAGUGCUGAGAAUGAUCCACCACCCAAAUAGUACCUGCUCUGUGAGGGUCCAUGGGGGUCCUGACCACUGAAGAACAGGGUAAAAGGGGGCUAACAAAGUAUGCAGAGAAACAGAUGGACUACAGUCUGUAACUGUAGAACUACAAAGUGCACCUAUAUAGUAAGUGGAGCUGAUAAAAUGGACAGUGAGCGUAGAAACAAGGAGGUGGUCAUAAUGUUAUGCCUGAUGGGUGUAUAUAGCCUAAGCCAAUGGUCACCAACCCUCCUCCUGGAGAUCUGCUUUCCAAUUAUAGCGCAAAGCAGUUGGAGCAGGUGUGGCAAAUUGUGGUUGGAACUAAAGGUCUCCAGGACCGGUGUUGGUGACCACUGGCUUUAUAAAUAAAAAUCAGCUAGGCUGCUUUGAGAGCUGGGUUGAGAAUCUGCAGUUGUAACAAAGCAAGUGCAUUCAGUGCCUGGCAUUUGCCUCAUUGAGCCACAUUCUGGAAGUGUAAAACCCAUUAAGCCCGUUCAUCUGUACACCUUGACCAGGCGGUCUUUCCUCACUUCUUCUGCCCUACUGUUAGCAGACUGUGGUCAAAUGUAACUGUGUGAUGCCGUGGAUAUUUGUCUCAAAGCGUUUCCUCGCCCUCUUCCUCCUGAUUAUAAAACUCUACCAUGUCUCUCUCUGUCUCUUUCUCUCUGUCUCUCUCUCUCUCUCUCUUGAACAUACACAUUGCAUAAUCCUUCUUGCUGCACCUGCAGCAGCAACAAAAAAAAAAUCAGCAUAGCACGUACUUAGCGGACAUCUAAUCUACUGUGACUUAACACAUAAAUUUCCAUUGGUGCUGUUCAUGGGAGAUUUUUCUGCUGGGAUACAGGGAGAAUGUAGUAAAACUAGUGUGGACUAAUGUAAUCCGAGUUUAGAGACUAAACGCCCAGCACGAUUACUGUAUUUGAAAGUUCAGUCAAAAAAAAAGGAGUUUCCAAAUUAGGAAGUCAUCAAAAGUGUUGACAUGAAAGAAGCCUAAGGUUAUUUUUACAACCAAUUGUAUUAAGUAGUAUCAGUGGAUGGUGGGAUAGUGAGAAAUGUAAACUGCCACACACACAUGCCACACAAACGGGCUCCGUUUGAGGUAAAUUAGACCCUUUCGGUUAAAGUAUAAUUUUAAUGUUGAUGCAUUGAAGAACAAUUAGAUUAGGUCCAAUGUCUCACCUUUAAAUUGCCGAAUGGAUGUUGAGAAUCAAUUGACUUAUUAAAGUGAUUUCCUUAAGAAAAUGCAUGAUCUGAUUUCUGGUUGUUUCUGGUUGCACAAACUGUGUUUUUGUUAUGGGUUAGAAUAAAAGUUUAAGACAU